AUGAUUUCGAAUCCAAGUCUAUUGUCCUACACUUGCAUUGCGAAAGGAAGCGUGGUUUUAGCCGAGUUCGCUUCAAAGGAGGAGCCAGGAAUCGAAGAUGUAGCUUUGAGAUGCAUCGAGAACACGCCUCCACACCAUUCAAUGUUCUCUCACACAGUUCGCAAGAAGACCUACACAUUCGCGAUCGACGACGAUUUGUUUGUUUAUUUCGCGAUUUCGAACGAAAGCAUGGAGAAACCGGAAUCCUUCUGGGUAUUGAAUCGGCUGAGAUCGGCGAUCGAAGAUCUGACCAGACUCGGCGGAUCCGAUGCGGAGACGUUGAUGAAUCCUGCUCCGCAUUGUCUCCAGUCAAAGCUCGAUCCAGUUUUCGCGGAGAUCGUUGGUGUGGUCGAUGUGGAUUUGGAAUUGGACAUGGAUUUGGUUGGAUCGCCGAGGAGCGUGGCGAGGGAGAGUCGAAACCCGAGCAUCGAUUCGUCUAAAGGAAGAAGAGCCGCGUUGAUGCCGCUUUUGGGGAAGCCGUUGAAGGCGUUGAAGAAGAAGAAGAGGGAAGCAAAAGGGGAAGAUUCUGGUGACGUCCCCACGAUCAAGGAGACUUCGGAGAAGAAGGUGGAUUUCUGCGGGAAUGGGAGCAGUGGAGUCUUACGCAAGGAACUGAGAAAUGGUUUGUUAACAGAUCUUCAUCACAGUCAAAAGGCGAAACAGAUGUGGAAGAAACAUGUUUGGGUGGUAUUGAUGUUCGAUUUCUGCAUCUGUGCUGUUCUAUUCGGAAUCUGGCUAUGGGUUUGUGAAGGGUUUCAAUGCAUCGAUGGGUAA